AAAUUGUCCGUUGUGGUGAAAAUGUCCGUUGUGGUGGGACGCACCAACACGGGAAGUGUUGGCGCGGCAGGGGGCACGGCUAUUUGUUAUCAUCUGAUUGACGUCUACAUAUGGAUCCUUACACCUCCCUCUUUCUGCCUGGUACAGUGGACAGAGGGCCCUUCAGGUCCUGGGUCCGUGGUCCUAGGACCGGUCUGGGCGCAGGACACAGUCGAUGGCCAUGCUGGCCUCAGGAUCGCUGAGGCCUUGGGAUUGUCUUUCCUCGACUUUGCCGCCCUCACUUGA